UCUCCCUGGGGACAGACACGGGUUAUGUGUCGAUACGAAUGUCGGUGAUCUAGUCUUAUACUAGCAUGGCGUGGAGUGUUACUAAGUGAAGAGAAAACGGUACUACUGUCAGUAUAGGAAAAACCAAUACGUGGCCAACACCAAGAGAGACUUGUAGUGAAAACCGAGUACCUGCGAUUCCGCAGCAUUCACUGGGAAGGGAAUGGAUCAGCCCAACCUCGCAGUGCUCUCUCUGUUGCAAACUCGGCUAUACAUCUUAGGGAUAUGGGAAGUGUAUGUCGGUAGUAGAACGUACCUUUCUGUACCACAAUGUUGAGUUGUAUAUCAAGCUUGAGAUUUAUCUGUAUAUUAACACGUGUAAUGAUAUGUUGCAUUCCGUAUACCACAAGCGGAGAAAAAACAAUCAAACAGGUUUGAAGUUAGUUUGUGCUUUAAAUUGUAUAAACGACUUUUGUAAAAUAGAUCUUUAAAAUGAUGUCAGUGUUAUUCAUGUGAAAAUAGCGACAAUGUACUUCAAGAAAGCCGUUAUUAUUCUACUGGAUUUGUCAAAGUAAGGUACCAACUGUGAGCGAUGAUACUAACACCAAAAGUGACAGUCGUACCGGGAAUAGCCUGUACAAUUUAAUAUAUAUGUAACAUGUAUCAAUGAACGCAUUAUUGCAUAUAGAAUUGAAAUACCUUGUGAAUGUGUUGUGAUUUCCCGACAUUGUUUUUGAAAGUCUGUGAAAUUACCUGGAGUAUAUAGAACGGACGCAGGGAUUAACAGCUCGUGUGUGACCGAGGAUUGUACCUGCCUAUUUUGUUAAAUUACUCUUUCGAUUGGAUACGCUGGUCUCGUUGGAUACUAUGUCCGUCAUCUGACCUCUUUCCUUAAUGUGUCCGUUGGAUAUUCCUCUCUGGACCCGUGUCCUAGGACGGACUGGAUAGUGCCAUUUUCCCUACCUACAGUAUGAGCUUUCGACACAGGAAGCGUCUCGCUACCUAUUUACUGCUGGGACUAGCGCUUGUUCAGUGUGUUAACUGCCUCCCCGAGCUCAUUCACAUAGGUGGGUUAUUCGGUGACGACGAACUGGAAACGACAGAAAAUACCUUCAAGUAUUCCGUAUAUAGAAUUAACCACGAAAGAAGUCUCCUUCGCAACACCAAAUUACACUACGAAACACGUAAACUCCCUACAAAAGACACGUUUCUGUCAUCUAAAGAAGUUUGUAGCCAAGUACACCUCAGCACAGCCGCCCUGUUUGGCCCUCGAUCUAACAACAUUGCCUCCUUCACCAACUCUCUCUGCUCUGCUCUCCACAUUCCACACAUCGAGUUCCGGGAGGACGGGAACAUGGAACCACCACAGGGCUACUCCAUUAAUCUACACCCUAACGCGCAGCAAUUAGCCCAGGCAUAUCAGGCCGUAAUUGAAUAUUACAGAAUGAAGGAAUUGCUCAUCAUUUACGGCGAAAAGGAAGGUUUAGUGAAAAUGCAAAACAUUCUAAGAAGUGUAUCUCAAGAACCCACCAAAAACGUUUAUAUACGACAGGCAGACCGAACGAACAUGCGACAAGUUUUAAAAGAAGCAAAGAAGAAAAACUGGACCAAUAUGAUUGUCGACAUGAAUGCAACGGGGACAGGCCUUCUUCUAAAAAUAGCACUUCAGGAAGGCAUGAUAGACCCAUAUCAUCACUACAUUUUUACAACACUGGACAUAGACUCGAUAGAGCUGGAAAAUUAUAAGCAUAACUACGUCAACCUGACAGGAUUCCGCCUGGUCGAUCCCCAGGACGAGUUCACACGUCAGAUUAUUGAAGACAUGUAUGUUUACGAGGCCAAUACCCAGCUAAAGCUCAUCAACGACGUCAAAAACAAGGAGCGCACCAUACCGUACGAGUCCGCACUUAUGUUUGAUGCCGUGCUGCUGUUUGCUAAAGCUCUAGAAGAGAUGGACAGAAGUGUUGCCUUCCGACCAGUCAACGUCUCCUGUGAUGUGGACUACGUCUGGCCGACAGGCAGCAGUCUCUACGAGUUCCUCACAAUGUCACAUGUGCGCGGUCUUACGGGUGAAAUACGGCUACAACAGGGCAGGAGACUGGAUUUCAAACUCGACGUGAUGCAGCUCAAUGAGAAAGGGCUCUACAAAGCUGGCCUUUGGACACAUGAGAGUGGAUUCAAUUUCACCUAUAAAGACAGCAAUCCGGUUGGGGUUCUAGGCAACAAAACACUAAUAAUUACAACUGUACUGGACGAUCCGUACGUCAUGAUCAAAGAAGAAUUAAAAGACGACCCUGACCCGGGAAAGUAUGGAAAUAAUCUGUAUGAAGGGUUCUGUGUGGAUCUACUGAAGGAGAUAUCUGACAUUGUACACUUUGAUUACAAAAUAACACAGGUUCCAGAUGGUAAAUAUGGUGUCCUUAAUAAGGGUCAGUGGAGCGGAGUCAUCGGCCAACUGGUGGAAAGGAAAGCUGACAUUGCAGUGGCAGCCCUGACCAUCAGUUACGAGCGGGAGCAAUACAUAGACUUCACAAAGCCAUUCCUUAACCUCGGAAUCAGCAUCUUGUUUCGAAUGCCAAAGCGAGAAAAACCAGGACUAUUCUCGUUUCUGAAUCCUCUAGCUAUUGAAAUAUGGAUAUAUGUGAUAGCAGCAUAUCUGUUAGUUAGCUUUAGCAUAUUUGUGUUGGCAAGGUUUAGUCCGUAUGAGUGGUAUAAUCCUCAUCCAUGCAACCAAGAAACAGACACAGUGCAAAACACAUUUAGCCUGUCUAACAGUUUCUGGUUCACCGUGGGGACACUGAUGCAGCAGGGCUCGGACAUCAACCCCAGGGCUGUGUCAACACGGAUAGUUGGGGGGACGUGGUGGUUUUUUACUCUUAUUAUUAUAUCUUCGUACACAGCUAAUUUAGCUGCGUUCUUGACUGUUGAGAGAAUGGAUUCUCCUAUAGAAAGUGCCGAGGACCUCGCAAAGCAGACCGAGAUUUCCUACGGCACGUUAGAAGGAGGAUCAACAAUGACAUUCUUUAGGGAUUCCAACAUUGAACUUUAUCAACAAAUGUGGAAUUUCAUGAAGAGUAAAGAUCCUAGUGUGCUAACAAAUUCUAUGGAAGAAGGAAUUAGGAGAAUUAUGGACGAAAAUUAUGCUUUCUUCAUGGAAUCUACAUCAAUAGAAUACAUAACCCAGCGAAACUGCAAGUUAAUGCAAAUCGGUGGUUUACUAGAUUCUAAAGGGUUCGGGAUAGGUACACCAAUGGAUUCUCCGCUACGAGAUCGGCUAUCAAUGGCUAUCCUCCAGAUGCAGGAGGAGGGACGAAUACAGCUAUUAUACAACAAGUGGUGGAAGAGCACGGGCAAAUGUAGCCGGGAAGAGCAGAAGGAGUCAAAAGCCAACGCUCUUGGCGUGGAGAACGUGGGAGGUAUCUUCGUAGUGUUACUUGGUGGUCUGGCGCUGGCCGUCUUUGUUGCCAUCUUAGAAUUUCUGUGGAAAUCCAGACGAAACGCUAGAGAGGACGGACAAUCCUUAUGCUCAGAGAUGGCAGAUGAGUUGAUGUUUGCUGUCCGCUGUCACGGAUCUUCUAAAAAGCCUAAAUUUAAACGGACUUGUGCUAAGUGCAAGAAAAGGCAUAUAACGCAUUGCCCAUUAACGGAGGUGCAGGUGGACUCGCCAAACGGCAUGUUGACAUUACAUGAGAUGAAGAAGUCACCGAAUCAGCCGUCAAAAGAAUUUCAGUUCGGCGAGGGAGGUUACCUUCAUGUGGACUACAGUGAUACCGAUACGUAGCAAUGGCUACAGUAGUGUAUAUGUACCUCAGUGUCACAUAAUUUCAAUGACAGCUGGUCUGCCAUAUUGAAUGUGUGAUGUCGUUGGCUAGUUUAUGAUACGGGAACGCUGUUGGCUCAUCCAUACAUCAACCAUUUCAAGUGGCGAUGAUUUCACUUUUGAUCAUUCAUCAAACCGCAGAUGCCAUUUACGAUACUAAAACCAAAUAGCUGCAAUCCCAACAGUGAAUUUUAAAUUAUCAUAUUUGAGAGAACUUAAAUGUCCCGAUCCUCCUGUUCGUCACUGUCUCCUUAUCUGGAGUUAUCUCUUACAUCAGUCAUUAUAGGUGGUGACUCGCUUAAAUAAUCGGGAAGUGCCUUAUGGUAUAAGCCCUUCAGCUUAAAAUAGACUGGCUAAAACACAAGAUAUGUUCCAUUUGACUCUGGCUUGGUGAACACAUAGUAUUGUCUGAAAAAAUAAAGGUUCAAUUCCUUUAUAUGAUAAAAUAAACCAUCUAGGGUGAAUAGUUGUAUAUAAAUGUCACUUGACACCAACUGAAAUGAAAGUCUUAUAUUAAUGUUGCCACAUGUUUACAACAACCAUACGACGCCUGUUGAAACGUGUGUUGCAUAAUCAAAAGAUUUAUAUAAAUAGUCACCGUAUCACAGAUUUUAUAAUUAUCAAAUAUAUGAGAUUUCUUUGAGAUACCAGAUCUGCAAGUGAAAAGUGUUUUUUUAGUUUAUUAUGUAGUUACUGUAGGAAUAACUGAGCAAGAGCAUAACAUUAAAUAUAAGUUUUGUUAUACGUUUUGCUGUUGAAACAAUUAUAUAAUGAGAAACAGUAUUUGUGCUGCAACAACAAAAAGAUUAGAAUUAGUUCAUACCAUGUACUUGUAACAAAACAGAUCAAAAUGUGAUGAAACAACCGGUUUACGCCUCCCAAUUCUAAACACAGUUAUGCACCCUUGGCCGGAUCCAGCUAGUAAGCAACAGUACAUUGUGUACAUACCAUAACACAUAAUCUAUAUAUAUAUAUAUAUAUAUUUAUGUCCAGCUUGUACAUAAGAUUAGGACUCCAUAACGCCUUUAUUCAUCUCAUUGUGCAUAGCAGAGAGGGGAUUAGGAACAGUAAAGCCGAAAGUGUAAUGUAUAUUUUGGAAUCAUAAUUAUAUUUCGAUAGCUAUCACGUGUGUAUAUAAAUGAUAUAUAUAUAAAUCUAUGUAUAUAUAUAUGUAAAAUGGUACGUAUGUAAACUUUACGAUGAUAAAAUCAGCUAAUUGAUAUUUCCAUUUAUUUCUAGCAUAUGUAUGAAAGAAAUGUGCAUGGCUGAGGGAAAGAGUGAAGGCACAAAGAAAAAGUUUUUUUUUUAUAUCAUUUGUGUGAUGUUGCUUUAGUGUCUGUGGUGUACUGUAAAAAACUACUUUAGAAUGCCCUGAUCAGUCUGACAGUAUAUUUGGCAAAGUAGAAAAUGUAUAAAGAUGUUUUAAUCCUGAGCGGCAUUAUUCAAAAUAACUGUUUGGAAAAAUAACGCUUUUUCCUAUUGCAACCUCAACAUUUGUGAAUUGUUUUCGCCCUCAUUGUGGAUAAAUCAAUAAAAACUACCAUCUUGUAUCACGACAGAGCUAACAACUUAAAUCAUAACGUGAACGUCAUUGCUUAAUUUUCUACUUUCCUUGUACAUACUAGAUACAUGUCUUACAGAUGACAUCAGUAUGCAUUUAAUCAUGAACACAAGAUAUCAUUUAUGAUGAAUGUCAAAUCGGGGAGCAAAUAUAGAUUUGUGAUACAAAAAGAAAGAUGAAAUGAAAGGGAGACGUGUGUGUGUUAAUGAUUUGAUAGGUGUGUACAUUUAUUAAUACUUAAUGCUUUGAAUUCAUCGAAUUGUCGUUUUGACUAAAUUUAAAUGGUCUGGCAUAAACUCGGUAUUGUCAUUCCAAAGUAUGAGAAUACGUGGGACCUCAUAAUGACGAUCAGUUUGUUUAGGGUUUAUUCAAGUUCAACAAUUUAUCUAAUAUAUGCAUUUGUUUAAUGGUGUAUCCUAUUUUUACCGUAUUCUGUAUUCUUUUUGUCACUAUGGUUGUUUUUAUAAUGUGGAGAUUAAAUCAUUUAUAAGACUGUCUUUUCCGUAUCUGCCAUCAAUCCCUAUACCACACUUACUUCCACGAUAGAUCAUCAUGAUUUUUUUAUACGAGUUUGUCUUAUUUCAUCUUGUAACGAUGGUUAAUAAGGUUUCUUUGUAUUUUUUCGGUAUCAUAAGCUCGAGUUAAUGUAAAAAUACAAGGAGCUGCCAUUUGUAUUACGAGGACAUAAAUUAUUGUGUCGCAUGCUUUACCAUAUAUGUUUUAUACAGCAGCAUUAUAGAUUAGGUUUGGUAUAUUGACGUACGUAUAUCAGCAAAACAACACGACUGACGUAAUUUUGGAAGUGGUUUGUUAAAGUCACUUUUGAUAUCACAAACAUUCUUCUUAUAUCUUCAAUAAGAUUAAUCAGUUUGGCAAUAUGUGAUAUCAAAGUUUUACUUUCUACACACACAAUGUAAGUAUUAAACGUGUCGCAACGUUUUAAGACCGGCUAGGGGCUAAAUCUACAACCUACCUAUUACAUAUAUGAUGCAGUGGGUAUACGCUCCCUAUCGUUAGGCGAAACGUCCACGGGAUAGUGACAUGAAAAUAUACAAUUUCGUCGCAUCGUUGCACAAGUAAAAACAAUCGCUCACUCAGUCAUAGCUUUACAAAGUGGUCAGUCGGUCUUGAAACGUUGCGUCACGUUAAAUUGUUUGUGAAGAAAGUAAAAGUCUGAUAUUCUUCUUAUACUCUGCUGAAACACUUAAACCUAACCCAUUCCAUUUUACAUCGACCGUUCUACUUGUGUCGUCUUAAUAUCAACCUCGUUUUAUUAGAAAGAAAUGGGUUUUUUUUCAUUACAAUUACGUAACCUACGGGGAAUACAAAUGCUGAUUUUAAUAUUCUUAAUUGAAAUUUAAGUUCAUUAUCCGUUUAACGUUGCAAACAAAAUGACAAUUUUCUUAUUCACGAACAACAUUGUAUAUAAAUACUUUGAAAAUUGGAGAGUGUAGGUAUAUGAAGUUGACACAGGCAAGCUUAAGAGAGUAUGAUAAGCACGGAUGAGCGACGUGUAUUCCACAAACAUUUUGAAUAAAAAGUGUGUUUGGUUUCAAAUUUGGUACCAGACGAUUGCAUUAUUUAUCUCAACGGUUUCAGUCACCUAUUAUUACUAAACGAUCACAACGAUGGUAUGCAUCAGCACCGUGUUGAUGCGGUAUUUUGUUUCCAAUAUAAUUAUCAGUCUCUUACAUAGAUACAUUCACUUUAGGGGCCAACGAUACAGGCUGUUUAUGUGUAUUCUCUUUUCGAAGAAAUGGAAAAGUUAACUUAGUUACAUAAUCUCCAUUACAAUUUGACUUUAUUAAGUUUGUAUUCAUACACUUUAUGUUGGUUUAAUCAGUAUAAUUGUAUAUGUAUAUAUCAAUGUUACUAAUUUGUUUCGCAAAUGCGCGAGUAAUGUGUUGUUGAUAUUGUAAAAAAAUGACUAUUAAAACGAAUGGUGUCAUAGAUUAUUUUUAUCGUUUCAUUCAUUAACUUAUAUUGUCUACAAAUAUUGUUUAUUUAUCAUUUACACUGAAACUUCCACCGAUGUAGGACUACGUCAGUCUCCCUUCUUCCUUGAACAAUUCAAGUACAAAGUACAAUAUGAGUUUGUGUGCAAUGCUUAAGUCUUAACGAUUCUAAAACGGUUUCUAUAAUGAAAUAUAUGCAAUACAUAAGUAAAUAGAAAGCUCUAGAUGUUUUACAUAUUAACAUAAAUUUUGUCUAUUAGUACUGGAAACGUGUUAAGGGUGUGAAAUAGACAAAAAGAUCCGAUUUGUUCAUAAAGCUUAUGCAGCUGUCAAAACACUUAGUAUUUUAUAAAAAGCUAAAGACCAUGCUUGAAUCGAAGAUGUAGAUAUAAAUACAUAUCGUGGCACUGUCUGCAGUUAGGUUGAUUCAUUAGUAUCACGCCAUCCCACAAGAUGUGUACAUCUGAAUGUCUGCAUAAAAGUAUUUUUUAUAAAAAGUGUAGUUCUCCAUACUACCACUGCAUUCAAUAAGCGCAAUGAGUUAUCAAAGGUAAAUAAAAAUAACAUUUUGUGGCAUCCUAACCAGAAUAAAAUCAAAAGUGGAGUGAAUUACUUUCAUUUAAACUUUUAACAUUGACUAUUUUAUACUCAGUAAAAUAUGUAAUCAGGUGUUUGUUUCGAUGAGGACAUGUACACGAAUUGCAAAAAGAUUUAUUAAUACUUGCAUUGUCGUGUUGGUGACAUUUUUGUCAGUCUGUAUCGAUAAACGUGAUAUCUAAAUUUUACUAUUAAGUAAUUCAGAAAAUCUUGUUUUUGGCAUUGUAUUAUAUCUUAACAAGCGGUUGUUUUAUGUGAACGUUAAUACCAGCAAAUCUUUCUUCUACAAACGAACUUUCAGUCGAACAUGUCCUUAAAAUCUUAUAAAUACUGAACAGUAUGCCAGUUAAUUACCUCAAAAUAUCAUUUAGAGGAAUUGUUUAUGGUGUAUGAUUUUAAAAGUUUAUAAACAUAUACAUUGUUUUUUCAACUGAUAAUUCAAAGUUGCGUACUUGCAAACUGGUUGCAAUAACUACAGAUGAUUUAACUGUGACGUAAAUUUGUAUAUAUUUUACAGUAUGUAUAUAGUUACCUUUCAAAGCUUCUGUUUCAGAAAUUAAAAAAAGAUGAUCAUAAAAAUAAAUUCUUAAAACAGAUAGUGCUUAUCCAGUAAGUGGGUCAGAUCAAUCUAUUUCUGUUCAGAACAAUGCAUUUCUUGACAUUAAUUUCAUUCAAGGGACAUAAUUGUAAAACGGAGGAGAUAUAUCAGAAUGAUCUCCCUUGUCAUAUGAAUAGGAAAAUGACAUUCGGGUUACCUCUCUUACAGUGUACAUAAAAUAAUCAUGUUGAUCUUUUUGUAUUUGAAUGUAUUGAAAAGAUUCAGAAAGCUGGGAAAAUGUGGUUCUUCUCUUAAUCUAGUUGUUCCUGUAUUGUGAUGUUAUGUGUUUUCCGUUAAUAACUAAGUUGAUAUUCGGUAUGAAUUGUGAAUAGUCUAAAUGUGUUUCCAACUUUUUCUGACUGUUCAACGAAGAUUUUUAUUUACCGUGUUCCUAAGAUGAAUAAAGUGAAUGAAACUUACCACCGUAUCAUGUUUUAUUUUUUGUAACUGUACAAACGUUUGGUAAGAAUUCACGUAUGUAACACUUCUAAGGAAAAAAAACAGUAGUUCCUGUCUUUAUAAAGGUGUUAUGUAGGUUUAUGCAUAUUCAAUAUUUUGCUUUAUAAACAAUGCUGAUAGGACAACAAGAUAAUAAAUGUGUAUGAGUUUUGCGGGUUAAUUAUGAUACUCUUUUCAUCAUCAAUUAACAUAAACGCUAUGGUCAAUUUUCCCGACGUACAUGGAUAUAACAGAUAUGAACAUUUGUAAGGCGAUGUCUCACCUAUCCGGAAAUGUUCUCCUCCUAGCGACAUUACUAAUAUAGGAAGCUCCUGAAGAUAAUUACUUUCUCACUCUGUUCUUUUGUAAAAUGAUACCAUGUUUAUAAGUCAUGCACUGAAAGCAGCAUGACACUGCAAAUUGUGAUGUUAUUGCAUGCUGUAGCAACACGUAGGUUUUAUAGAUAAGUGAUCUUUUUGUCGUACAGAUAAUUGUUCUAACUUUAGUCUUAGACUGUUUACGAUCUCUGGAAGAGAACAAGCUACCAAAGCAUAUACUUUUCUUUUUAUAUGAACCUGUGUAGGUAACGUUCUUCCUUAUGUGAUAUUACCCCUUCAUUAGGGCUAGAGAGGUUUCCUUAUAUCGGAAAUAUUUGUCUUUAGCUUAAA